AUGUCGUCAUCCGCGGAGACACCCUCCAUCCAUUGGCCGCCGAAGUUCGCACCUGAUCGGUGUAAGACACAUGUUAGUAACGAGUUAGAAAUGUCGGUAUCUGCUACUCAUGUUUGGUCUUGGCUUAUUCACGCUCGCCAAUGGCCCUCCUACUACAACAAUGCACAAAAUGUUGUCUUUAUCACUGACACCGAAUCGCCGAUACUGAAAGAGAAUACUCGCUUCACUUGGCGUACAUUCGGCGUGAAUCUUGAAUCCCAAGUGAGAGAAUAUGUUGAAAACGAGAGAAUCGCCUGGGAUGCACGCGGCUCGCUUGGACUCUUGGUCUAUCAUGCAUGGUUGAUUGUACCACGACCGGAUGGAGGUUGUUGGGUAAGAACAGAGGAGAUGCAAUUGGGCCUGUUAGCAAGGAUGAGCAAUACUUUUUUUCCGAAUCGAAUGUACACUCAGCAUCAACGAUGGCUCGAACGACUUCAAGACAUGGCCAAACAAGGACUUCCAUCAGAGAAAGAAAUACUUAGUUGA